CCCACCCACCCACCAACCAAUUCAUCUCAAUCUCAACAACCACAACCUACCUCCUAGAAAACCAACACCUACAACACAAUGAGACUCGCGCACCUCCACAUCCCCUCCAUCACCUCCUUCACACGGGUCUCGACCCUCCAACAAACACUAACCAGCCGACUCCUGGCGUACAAAAAGACGGCGCACCCGACCUCCCCGCCCCCCGAUCCCACCAUCAUCACCUUCACCCCGAACCCCGUCUACACGACCGGCCGCCGCGACCUCCCCCCCUCAAACACCUGUCCCUCGACGCCGUCGCUCUCGCUACCCCCGUCCCUCGAACCGAUCCGUUCCCUCCUCACCGCACCGGGCUCCGGCUCCAGCCCGAACACCUCCCCCCCAACAGCAGAGUACCACCCCACGCUGCGCGGCGGGCAAACAACCUACCACGGGCCCGGGCAGAUGGUCGCAUACACGGUGCUGGAUCUGCGACGUCUAGGGCUGACGCCGCGGUGCCAUAUCCGGCUGCUCGAGAACAGCGUGAUUGAUGUGCUGCGUGGCUACGGCGUGCAGGGUCAAGUGACGGAGGACCCGGGGGUGUGGGUGCAACCGGCGACAGAGACGGCGACGGGAUUGCCGAGGAAGAUCACGGCGGUGGGGGUGCAUCUGCGGCGGAAUAUCAGCUCGUUCGGGAUCGGGUUCAACGUGACGGAUGAGCCGAUGUGGUAUUUUAGGCAGAUCGUGGCGUGUGGACUGGAGGGGAGGGAGGCGACGAGUUUGCAGGGGUUGGGGGUGAAGGGUGUCGAGGUGGGAGAGGUGGCGGGUGGGUUUGUGGAGGCGUUUGUGAGGCGGUUGAAUGCUGAUUUUGCAUGCGGGGGGAGUGCGACGGGGGAGAAGGUGGACGAGGUGUAUAAUGUCGGGGAAGAGGAGUUGAUUGGGGAUCAUCUAUAA